UUAUGCUUCUCAGCACUCUUCUUGUGGCUUUCGCAAUCGUUGCAUAUGCCUCGUAUGAUGAAUUUACACUGGGCAUCAGUCUUGGAAAGAGGGAUCUUAUCGUCGUCCAAAGCCUAGAAAAUGGGUCCACGUCAUUGAUAGCCCGAGUCUCAGUAAACGCCACGUACACGGACUGGUUCGAACAAACGAUCAAGCUUCCUGAACAGCAAAGAAGUACGGUUGACACCACUGCCCUGCAUGAGGCUCUACUUGCCGCACAUCAUGCAGCAACUCAAGUGUUGCAACAGCAUACACAAUUCAGCAUUGCUGCCUUGCCAAGAAAACUUGAGGAUCUAGUACCUGAGGCUCUAUCAACACUCAACUUACUUGCGCCAUUAGAAACGUAUGCUUCAUAUACUGUCAGACCGGAGCGUGCAGUCGUUUACGCUUACGAACUGGGUACUUGUGAAGCCGCGAAUCUACCCGAAGGAUGUGAUCCAGACGAGAUCAAUGGAGAAGCACUAUGGCUGGAUUUUGAUGCCGGCUUGCUGAACAGCAAUCGUCACAGCAACGACUCCCGCAGCAGCGCAAGCGAUCUCUUAUGCCAUAACCGAAUCGCGACUUCGCGCUUCCUUCGAUUGCGACGAACAACCUCCAAUUCAUCUCUGGGUCCCAUACUUGAUGAGGAUCAC